UGGCUUGGUGUCGGCCACUUCCCUCCCGCUGCGUGAGGAAAUGGCUCUCACGUGAGGGAGGCGGUAUCGCUCGCCUCACCCUGCCCGCUACCUUGGGGGGGGAGGUGCCAGUGUGUUCCGGGAGCUGCGCUCGGGUCGGUGGCGUGCGAUGCCGACCAACUUCACUGUGGUGCCGGUAGAGGCGCAGGGCGAGGAGCGGGACCCGGCGGAGCGGGAUGCGCAGCGGCAGGAGGAGGAAGAGGACAACAGGGACCGGGGCCCCAGUGAGAGAGAGGAGCGGGGUGGCGCCGGGUGUUUGUCAGGGGAUGGGAUUGCCAGGGAAAGUAGUCCAUUUAUUAGCAGUGCAGAGAUGGACAGAGGAAAUAUGUAUGAAGGAAAGAAUAUGGCGCUCUUUGAGGAGGAAAUGGAUAGCAAUCCCAUGGUGUCAUCUCUUCUUAAUAAACUAGCAAACUAUACGAAUCUGACUCAAGGUGUGGUGGAACAUGAAGCAGAUGAAGACACCAAGCGAAAAGAAGUCAAGGUUCCACGAAUGGGCACUUUUAUUGGUGUGUAUCUGCCCUGCUUGCAAAACAUCUUAGGAGUCAUUCUGUUCCUACGUUUGACAUGGAUUGUAGGAACAGCUGGAGUUCUCGAGUCUUUCAUCAUCGUGUUCAUGUGUUGUGCUUGUACUAUGCUAACUGCAAUUUCAAUGAGUGCAAUAGCAACAAAUGGUGUUGUUCCAGCUGGAGGUUCUUACUACAUGAUUUCAAGAUCCUUAGGACCAGAGUUUGGUGGAGCAGUGGGACUUUGUUUCUACUUGGGUACAACCUUUGCAGGAGCAAUGUACAUUCUUGGUACCAUUGAAAUUUUAUUGACUUACAUUUCUCCAAGUGCUGCUAUAUUUAAAGCAGAAGACGGUGGUGAAGAAACAGAGGCUAUGCUGAAUAACAUGAGAGUUUAUGGAACAUGUAUUAUCAUUCUGAUGGCUGUGGUAGUUUUUGUGGGAGUCAAGUAUGUUAACAAACUUGCACUGGUCUUCCUUGCCUGUGUGAUUUUAUCCAUCAUUGCCAUAUAUGCCGGAGUUAUUAAGACUGCUUUUGACCCACCUGACUUUCCCAUCUGUCUUCUUGGAAACCGUACGUUGUCAAAACGCAGCUUUGAUGUCUGUGCCAAAUUUACUGAAAGCAAUAAUGAAACAAAGACUACAACCUUGUGGCGCCUCUUCUGCAAUAGCUCUUUACAUAAUGCUACGUGUGAUGACUACUUUAGUCUCAAUAAUGUAACAGAAAUUCAAGGGAUUCCGGGAAUAAUGAGUGGAGUUCUAAUUGAUAAUCUGUGGAGUGCCUAUUCAGAAAAAGGAUCAAUAGUUGAGAAAAAAGAUCAGUCAUCAGUUUCUGGUUCAGAAGACAUGAAAAUUGGUGGACGCCCUUAUGUUUUUACAGACAUCAUGACCUACUUCACAAUGCUUGUAGGGAUUUAUUUCCCAUCUGUAACAGGUAUUAUGGCAGGUUCAAACAGAUCUGGCGAUCUUAAGGAUGCUCAGAAAUCUAUUCCUACUGGAACAAUUUUAGCUAUUUCAACUACUUCUUUUAUUUAUCUCUCUUGCAUAGUGCUGUUUGGUGCUUGUAUAGAAGGUGUGAUAUUAAGAGAUAAGUUUGGAGAAGCAGUUAAUGGAAAUCUAGUGGUUGGUACACUGGCCUGGCCUUCUCCAUGGGUUAUUGUGAUUGGUUCAUUCUUUUCAACAUGUGGUGCUGGUCUACAGAGUCUCACUGGUGCACCCCGUCUGUUGCAGGCCAUUGCAAGAGAUGGCAUUGUACCAUUUAUCCAAGUAUUUGGUCAUGGAAAAGCAAAUGGAGAACCAACGUGGGCUCUGCUCCUCACUGCUGGUAUUUGUGAAAUAGGAAUUCUGAUAGCCUCUUUGGACAGUGUAGCACCAAUUCUUUCAAUGUUUUUCCUGAUGUGCUAUAUGUUUGUAAAUCUGGCUUGUGCAGUUCAGACGCUUUUACGGACUCCCAACUGGAGACCUCGUUUCAAGUAUUACCAUUGGACUCUUUCAUUCCUGGGGAUGAGUUUAUGUCUUGCCUUGAUGUUCAUUUGCUCCUGGUACUAUGCUUUGAUUGCCAUGUUAAUUGCAGGAUGUAUAUACAAGUAUAUAGAAUAUAGAGGAGCAGAAAAAGAGUGGGGUGAUGGAAUACGCGGACUGUCUUUGAAUGCAGCUCGUUAUGCUUUGCUUCGUGUUGAAGAUGGUCCUCCUCACACCAAGAACUGGAGACCUCAGCUUUUGGUCUUGUUAAAUUUGGAUUGUGAACAGUUGGUGAAACAUCCAAGAUUGCUUUCUUUCACCUCCCAGUUGAAGGCUGGUAAAGGGCUGACUAUUGUGGGAUCUGUGCUUCAAGGAACCUAUUUGGAUAAAUGUACAGAAACUCAGAAAGCUGAAGAGAAUGUUAAGGCCUUAAUGGGAGUAGAAAAGACCAAAGGAUUUUGCCAGAUUGUGGUAUCUCCUAGUUUCAGAGAUGGAAUAUCACAUUUGAUUCAGUCAGCUGGUCUAGGAGGAAUGAAACACAACACAGUCUUGAUGGCAUGGCCACAGUCAUGGAAGCGGACAGAAAAUCAUUUCUCUUGGAAAAAUUUUGUUGACACUGUACGAGAAACAACAGCAGCUCAGCAGGCUUUAUUGGUGGCUAAGAACAUUGAUUUGUUUCCAACAAAUCAAGAACGUUUUACUGAAGGAAACAUAGAUGUGUGGUGGAUUGUUCAUGAUGGUGGUAUGCUGAUGUUACUGCCUUUUCUCCUUCGACAGCACAAGGUUUGGAGAAAAUGUAAAAUGCGUAUCUUCACUGUUGCUCAAAUGGAUGAUAAUAGCAUUCAAAUGAAGAAGGAUCUUCAGAUGUUCUUGUACCAUCUUCGCCUGAAUGCUGAAGUGGAAGUUGUUGAAAUGUUUGAAAAUGACAUUUCUGCAUUUACGUAUGAAAAGACACUUAUGAUGGAACAGCGAUCCCAGAUGCUAAAACAGAUGCAACUAUCAAAGAAUGAAAGGGAAAGAGAGAUUCAGAGCAUCACUGAUGAGUCUCGAGGCUCAAUCAGAAGAAAAAGCUACUCUAGUCUACAGUCCAUUGGCCAAGAUGUACAGGCACUGAUGACUAAUGACUAUGGAGAGGAGGAGGCUCAACUGAUCCAUGACAGAAACACAGCCUCGCACUCAACUCCAGCUGUCAAAGCAAGUGUGGCUGCUUCUGUGCCAGAAAAAGUGCAAAUGACCUGGACCAAAGAAAAGUUUGUAGCUGAAAAGCAUAAAAACAAAGACACAAAUGUGUCUGGUUUUAAAGAUAUUUUCAACAUGAAGCCAGAAUGGGGAAAUCUGAAUCAGUCGAAUGUAAGAAGAAUGCACACUGCUGUGAAGCUCAAUGGAGUGGUGCUUAAUAAAUCACAACAUGCUCAACUAGUUCUCCUGAAUAUGCCUGGACCUCCUAAAAACAGAAAAGGGGAUGAAAACUACAUGGAGUUUUUGGAAGUACUGACAGAAGGUCUGGACAGAGUUCUCCUAGUCCGAGGCAGUGGACGUGAAGUGAUCACCAUUUAUUCUUAACCUGUUUUUUUGUUUUGUUUUGUGAUUCUUGGGGCAGGGGGCAAAAUGUGCAACAUUAUUUGAUGUAAUUGGAGCAACUUCAUUAAGAGCUCUAGCACAUUGAAAACAAUCUGCAAACUGAAUCUUCUGGUGAGGUGUUCUGUUUUUUUCUACUAAAAUGUUAUAUUUAAAUUAUAUUUUCAAAAGAUAUAUGUUGAAAAUAUUUCUGUAGUGGAUUAAUAAAUGCUGCAUGGAUUAGGAUAUUUAUAUAUAGCAUAUUCUGAUACGUGUUAAUCUGUGGUGAAACAAAAAAAAGAAAUGGUAAUGCUAUUUUAUUUUUAAACAUUACAGAAAUGUAAGCAACUUUUGUUGUUCUUAGUCUCUGCUCUGCUUCUAAAUAAAAUGGAGAAGUUGGCUUCCUCACUUACAAAGAUGCUGCUACGUUGCUCCUGUUGGGAUUAGUUCAGGAAACUUAAUUCAGAAAUGUGUUUAAAAAACACUCAAAUUAGGAUGCUGUUAGGUAUUUUAAAGCAUCUCCCUGAGGUUCAUGAUUUGCCACGCUUGCUCUAAAUAGUAUUUUUCUAUUCUAUUUCAGGAAAGGUAUGUAUACUUCAAAAGUCUUCAGGUGACAGUAAUAGUAAAUUGUGCAAUUUUUUUUCAUGAGCUACACUAUACUGCAUAAUUAUACCAAACAGUCCAAUUCAUAGGAAGUCUAUGAUGCAGUAUCGCCCGCCACUUGCUGGAAACAAACUUACAGCUAUUAGUAAACCACAGCAAACUGAUCAAUGACUUGUAUGUAGUCUCUUGUUUUCAAAUCUGUGUAUUUUGAGAAAUGCUGUAUGUACACACUGCUGUGAAAAUAAAAUCUGCUUUUCAGGAAA